AUGGAGCACACCGCACAGACUGCGUCCUUCGACCCGUUCUUCGACCUCCCCGCUCAGUCGCGCGGCACUUCCUCCUCUAUAUGGGCUCCUCAGCCGCAGCCUUCUGAGACCGCCUGGUCAAAAGCCAUUGACUCGUUCACUCGGGUCAACCCAAAUGGCAUCUCAACGCGCCCGGAUGCCCGCCGCGCUAGCUCGUUCCCUUCUGUUCAUGGUAACGAGGAUGUCUUUGGUCCGGUUGGUCUCAACGGCCAUCUUCGCAAGAACGUCGGAGCCAUAGGUGAUGGCCGCAAGAAGGGUUCUCCAACCUUCGACGAGAUCCACGUCGAACAGCUUUUGCGAACGCUGAACCUCCACUCACCUGCUCCAUACCCACCUGCAAGUCUCCCUGAAGACCCUCUCUCCUUGCAGACGUCGCCAGAUCUGUCGCCCGUCUCCAACUCGUCCGCCCUUUUGACGCCGACCGACUUCAGUCCCGCCAAAACGUUUGAUUCCAAAAUGACCGACAAUUACGGCCUCGGCAUAAUACCGGGGCCUCAGAGCGACCGUUAUUAUGAGACGGACUUCUCGCAUAGAUACAACGAGUUCAUAGGAGGACCGCAGAACGUCGCUUCGUCCGCUUCCUACCGCCAUUCUCACGGCAACCCGUCUCUUCAGAGAGAAGCGAGCGUGUUCCCGUUUUUCGAACCGAUCUCCGAAGUGUCUUCUCCCCUGCAGACAACUCAGCCGUUUUAUCAGUCCAUUCCGCAGCCUGUGCAAUGUCGCAUCGAGAACCUGCCUCUGCCUCAGCAGACCUGGCCGCAUCAGCGCCUUCGCACCUCCUCAGAGUGGGUUCAGCCGGAGCAGAGACAUGUUGAUUUCCAUUCAAACGCGACAAGCGACCCUGUAGCACGUUUGACUCAUUCUAGCGGACAGUCACAGUCGCACGAGCCCAUCAAUUUCCUCUCCCUCCUCCAUCCUUCUUCCGCGCCGCCGUACCCUCUUUUCGUUCAACGUAUCACCAAGUCGUCCGAUCAACAAGCGUCCAUAUUCCUGCAGCAGAAGCUCAAGGUAGCCGACAGCACUGAACGUGCGAAGAUCGUGGACGCUAUAUGCACCAGAGGAUUCGAGAUGAUGGCUCAUCGCUUUGGCAACUGGGCCGUGCAGAGGUGUCUCGAGGCGUCCGCAAGUCCGGAAGAGCGACGCAAAAUCGUGAAUUGUAUGAGAGGUCGAGUUGUGGACCUCGCUACCAACUGUUACGGUUGUCAUGUUCUCCAGAAAGCUCUCGAUUGCGAAGAAGACAUUCGUCUCUUGAUUGUUUCGGAGUUGCUCCUGGACGACCCCGCCCAGACACUUGUCAAUAAGCAUGCAUCGCAUGUGUGGAGUAAGAUCAUGGAAUUGACAUGGACGCCUCCUGCGCCUCCCAUCUUCGCAUACGUCAACAAGUCGCUGAAAGGGAAAUGGGCAGCUUUAGCCUGCCACGAAACAGGGUCUCUGGUCCAUGCAUUCGAAAACCUUGAAGAAUCAGCUAAAGACGGGAUCGUUGAAGAACUGCUCAACCAAGGAUUUGCUGUGUUCUCUGAAGUUGCCAAGAGCCAGUGGGGCUCCUACUGUAUCCAACACAUUCUGGAACACGGAUCGAAAAGGCAUCAGAACAUGACUCUUGAACAUCUCCUUAGCGGGAUGCUCGAAUUUGCUACUAACGAGCAAGGUGUUAAAUCUGUCACGAAGGCAUUGAAGGAGGGAGGCAAGGAGACACUGGACAAGAUCAUAGCCCGCAUGUGCGAGCCCUCCAAGAGCGGUCGCAGAGCUAUGAUCGUCGACUUGGCUCUUUCCGUAACCGGUAGUCAGUUGAUUGCGAGCGUGUUGCCGAACGCGGAUAAAGACCAGCGCGCGCUCUUGUACGACUCUAUUCGCGGGCACAUUGUGACCCUCCGCGGCUGCAAAACGGGCUCGAAGGUUAUCUGGCUUUUCGACCGGAUGCGCGCAUACUACGGAUACUAA